CCUAAUUUGAAGGUUGAGUUGCCUCAUGCCCGAAGUUGUUCCAAGCAGAGUUGUUAGUUUCACGAGUGAAGAUAAGGCUUUUCCUGCAUCCAACCUUCUUAAAGGCUCAUCAUUCUCAAAAUGGUGUUGCAUAAGUGGUGGAAGCAAACAAGAAGCAGUUGAAUUGAGUGUAAUCUGUCGUUUCUUCAUGUCAUCUUAAAGCUUCAUAGUUUUCGGAACCUGUUGAAAUUUCACGUCUGGAUAUUGGUAAUAAUGGUUCAGCCUUUAUCGAAGUACUCGUGCGUAGAUCUGCUUCAUCGGAUGACCCAUCGGUAACAUCUUAAUUUUUUGUUCAGACUACUAGGUACUCCUCCCAUCCUCUUCUUUUAUGUCUCCAGUAGAUGCAAAAAACGAAACGAACCUUAAUCGUGUUCGCGUAUUUAGCGGCGAUCAGUUUAUAAAAUCCACAGCCUGUCAGAAAUGGGAUCUAGUCAAAUUUGUUUGCUCUCAGCCGUUUAGCAAAACUUUACAGUACGGUAUUUCCUUCGUUUUUUUUCACACCCCAGCUAACGCCAAUGCAAUAACUGAGGAAAAAAACAUCAAAGUUAUCAGCUUACUGAAUGAUGAAGAAUCAGACUCACCUCAAUUCAAACCAGGUUCACUCUUCCAAGCUUCACGCCAGACAUUCUGCGACCAAGAUAAUGCACAGCCCAAAUCUUCAAUUUCAGAUAAAUUAAAUGCUUUAAAGCAUUCAACGAAUUUAAUUUCAAAUGCUAAUACAUCGAGUGCAUUACUCGUCAAUCAACCAAUUGAUCAUCAUAAAUCCAUUAAAGCUAGUAGCAGUUCUCAUCAGUCUAAUCAAAAACCUUCCUCUACUACUAAUACAGAAGUAGCACGUUCUCCACAGUCUUCUAGUGUAUUGAAGAACAAAGAGACAUACAAGCAAUCAAAAACCUCUUCAUCUUCUUUUUCAUCAUCAUCAUCAUCUCAAAAACCUUUAUCAAAUGUUAUUUUUACUCUAAGUGGAUAUCAAAAUCCAUUGAGAAGUCAAAUAAGAGACAAAGCUUUGGAACUUGGUGCCAAGUACAGACAAGAUUGGGGUCCAGAUUGUACGCAUUUGAUUUGUGCGUUCCCAAACACUCCUAAAUUCAAUUUAGUCAAAGGAAAAGGUAUAAUUGUUUCUGAUAAAUGGAUUACACAAUGUUAUGUGACCAAAAGUAAUGUACCUUGGCGUAGUUAUCGAGUUGGACGUGCACCUAGUCCGCCAAAUACUACUACUGCUACUACUACUACUCUGUCAUCUACAUCCAAUCAGACUUUAAAUGAUGCUGAUGAUGAUGACAGUCAAUCUCCAGAAUCUAAAUCAUCAGGUCAUAAAACUAAUCUUAGACUGAGAGGCAAGAAAAAAUCAGAUGAUAGCGAUUGGCAACCAGUUUCUUCUGAUGAAGCCGAUGAUGAUGACGAAGAAUACCAGGAGACAGACGAAGAAGAAGAAGAAGAUAUUGGAGAAGAAGAGGAGGAAGAAGAAAGUGACGAAAAUUUACCUGGUGAAUCGAAUAGGAGAGGAAAGCGUAAGAUAAAAACCAGUAGAAAGAACAGUCGAAAACGACCACGUUCCACUGUUGACGAUAGUUCUAAUGUCAAAAAAACCGCGAUUGUUAACAAUCCAGAAGAUGAAGAUACAGAUGAUGAAAUUCAAAGAGUGAUGAAUUCCAAUCGUCAUCGGCCAUCCGUUAUUAUUGAUGAAGAUGAAGAAUCUAUUCAACAAUCAUCAUCUAUAAAUAAUAAUAAUCUUCCGAACAUAUUUAUGAAUAAACAUUUUUUCAUUCAUAAUAAAAAAAUUCCUGAUGAGGAAGAAUCUUUAAUUAAACGAUUGAUUAUUGAAUUUUCUGGUACACUACAUCAAUAUAUGAGUGAUGAAGUUCAAUAUGUUAUAACAAGAUCCACUUGGGAUAGCGAGUUUGAUCAUGUAAGUCUAUUUUCCUGUUUAUUGUUUAGCCUUAUUCAAAUUAAUCAUCAUUAA